AUGCUGGCUACUAGGUCUGAUGAGAGUUGGAGCCCAACAUUGGAAGCUGCCGUAUACAGAGCCAGACUAUUGGCCUAUCUGGUUCAGAAGAGUCUACUCUUGACUAGCAGGGGCUCUCCAGGGUUUCAAGGAAGGAUCUUGCCCAGUCCUACCUGGAGGUGCCAUUGGGGACUGAACCUGGGACCUUCUGCAUGCAAAGCAAGAUGCUUUACCACUGAGCCACGGCCCUCCACGGAGUCCCAGUCUCUGCUUUACAGAGACCACGUAACUUUUGCUGGCACUUGCAGAUCUUGGAAAGCAAGACCACUGGCUUGUAGGUUUCACUGUCCAUCCCAUAGUGAUGCUUUGAAUGAAAGGAACAAACAUGCAAGCUGGAUCAUGGAAGAAUGGUCCAGCAACCGGGACCGGCACCAUCUCAUGGCACCUCAUGAAGGAGAAGACCCCCCCCCCAACCAUGCACCCUGCUUCCCUCUUGUAAGAUAUCCUGCCUCGGGCCACCACGCUGUUGUCUUUGUGAUCCUGUUUGGUCUGGUCAUGCUGCUCAUAAUCUACAACGGCAGGAACGAGGCCUUCCGUUACACUGCUUUAAAAGCCAAGCCCCAGCUGCCCUCCAGCCUCAAGAAAUGGGGGGUGAAAUACGGAUACCUGCCCGUCUCUGGAAACAAGACUUUGGAUCGACACUGCAGCCAAUGCGUGAUCAUCACUAGUUCUAGCCACCUGCUUGGGAGCAAACUGGGAGCAAAGAUCGACCAGUCAGAAUGCACAAUCCGCAUGAACGAUGCUCCGACAACAAACUAUGAAGUGGACAUUGGCAACAAGACCACCUUCAGGGUAGUGGCCCAUUCCAGUAUCUUCCGGGUCCUGAAAAGGCCGCAGGAGUUUGUCAACAAGACUCCAGACACCACCUUCAUUUUCUGGGGUCCACCGCACAGAAUGCAGAAGACCUUGAUCAAAGUCAUCCAGCGUGUCUGCAGAUCCUUUCCCAACAUGUCGGCCUUUGUGGCUUCCCCCAAGCGCAUGAGUCAGUUUGAUCAAUUAUUCAAAAAGGAGACGGGGAAGGACAGAGUGACAUCGCAAUCGUGGCUGAGCACAGGCUGGUUCACCAUGGUGAUAGCCGUCGAGCUGUGUGACAGGAUCCACGUCUAUGGGAUGAUCCCUCCUAACUACUGCAUCAGGAAGCCUCAACCCCACAAGUUGCCCUACCAUUACUAUGAACAGAAGGGACCGGACGAAUGUGUCACCUACAUCCACAAUGAACACAGCCAGAAGGGCAACCACCACCGGUUCAUCACCGAGAAGCGGGUCUUUGCCAAGUGGGCAAGCCUCUAUAACAUCACCUUCUCCCACCCAGACUGGGACUGAAGCCCCUGCAGGGUGGUACUGAGGAGGGAACCACACAAGUGCCAAACCCGCCAGCUUGCAGGGCAGCAGCGGGGAGUCAUUAGGGCUGCAUAGCCUUCUCCGCAAUCGGAGGAAAGAGAAGUUAUUCGUGUGAAGCAAGUUCAGGAGCCAAGAUGCUCCUACCAGGCUCAGCAGCAGCGGUGCCAAACCCCAGACCUUCCCUGUGUCGGGCUGCUAGGCUGGUCAGCCGCCAUUUAAAAUUUUCCACAAUGCUCUGGUGCAUAAUAUCAAGAGCACUGUGGGACAUUUUAAAAUGGUGUCUUGGAGCCUGUUGCAGGUAAGCCUACAGUUGAAAGCCCCACCAGAGGAGCCAAAUCUCAAACCAGCCUUGGGUGCUACAAGGUUCUUGAUCAUCUGUGUGGCAGCCCAAUUUCCAGUGCGCGGCCACGACUGCAGGUCACAGGAAGGGGAGCCGAGCACAAUCCCAUCUCUAUGGCACACCAAGAGUAUUAGCACCCAAAACGAGCCCUGUUGGAUCAGCUCAAGGGUCCAGGGUGUCGUUUUCGCCAGGCAGAAUCUUCCAAGAAGCCCACAGGGAAUGGUACAAAGGCAACAGCCCUCUGUGGUUUGCCUCCCCCUUGCAAUGGGUAUUCAAAGGUAGGCUGCCUUUGCACAUGGACGUUCCAUUCUUAGCUAUCAAAGUUUAGAGGUGCAGUCUGACAAUGGAUUGUAUUAAACUACGUCCUACUCAGAGUAGACUCAUUGACAUUCAUGGAUCCAAGUUAGUUAUGUCCAUUAGUUUCAAUGAUUGUACUCUGAGUAGGACUAACAUUGGAAAUAACCCCACGACUUUUAUUUAACCCUUUAUAACAUGGCUGAAGGCAACUUUUUGGGGGGUUGAAGGCAGCAUUCCUUUGGGGGAAAGGAAUUGGAGGGCGGGGAUACUGCCAGUGGUGGUGGUGAGGCUCAAGCCAAACUUAGGCAGGGACACCCCUUUUCUCUGUCUGUCUGUCUCUCUCCCCCCCCCUUCGUUCAUCCAUUAUCCAUUCAUUCUCUCAUAAACACACAUUCACAGAAUGGAAGAGAAAUGUGAUUCAGUUUGUGAUGGAAGGCGGACCUACCUAAUCACACUUUUCGAAAGAAUAUGUGAAUUGAGACACAGCCCUCCUUUGAAAUUUGCACUUAUUUAAAUUUGGCCAUGCUGUUCUGCAGCCAGUGUGUACAGAAAUACAUAUAUGAGUGUAAAUUAUGCAUUCAAGUGCAUAUGUAAAUUUUAAAAAAUAAAAUACAAAAUGCAUUAUGUUAAGGGACUUCACUCUGCAAAAAUGUGUAUAUUAAGAUCAAUUUGCACUAUAUUGCUGCUGUUUUCAUGAGUACUUUGCAAACUGAUGUCAAAAUAUGGAGAUCUGAACUCAGGAGUGGAAAAAUGAGAUCAAUUUGUCCAUCCCUAGCCAAGAUGCAAGCACCCACCCUGCAACCUGCCCUCCUCCCUUAUUCUUUGCAUUACUCAGAGAAGGUCAUUGAAAAUAUACCCCAACUAGAGCUAAAAAAGAGAGAGGGGUGAGGUACAACAGAUGACAUGUUUUGUUUUAAUUCAAGAGAUACAAAUCAUGUAUCAACGGUUAGCUAUGUAAUUAAAAAGAGAUUUUUUUUAAAGAAAGAACUCGUGGGUUUUUCACAUUAGCAUUAGUUUGCUAAAAGGAGCUCAGCUCUAGAGUUUCAGAGGAAGGAAAAUAAAAUGGAGAGCAAAGAUAGCCUCAGUUCAGUCCCCUCCCAAUUCAAAUCCUUAGUCUCCUCAUGCUCACCUAGGGAUGGGAAGAUCUGUCAAUUUCAUCUCUCUCUGUUUCUCAUUUUUCCACUCCUAAACUCAGUUUUCCACAUUUCUGCAGCAAUUUGCUUUUCCUCGUGUCAGUUGACCAGCAUUUUAGCGUGAAUUUCUCCUCAAAAACACAUUUUUGUAGGCAGUUUCUUUAAUGUACACAUUUUUGCAGUUUCUCAUUAUAGAAUGUAUUUUAUGUGUUAUUUUCUCCAGUACAUUCAUUUUAUGCACACUUUCCCCAUACACAUUAUGCAUAUUUGUCGAACUGCAUCGCAAAAUUAGAAUAAGUGCAAAUGUUGAAGGAUGGCUGUGUGUCGGUUCUCAUGUUGUUUUGGAAAGUGCAAAUUUGAUAGUUUUGGCUUAACUGAAUUGAAUUUCUCGCCCAUCCCUACAUUCACCCACAAUCCUUGCACACCAAAGGAGACAGAGGGCUCCCAACCUGUGAAAAACUUUACCCUCACCUUAGCAGGCCAGACCGAGGUUUCCAUCUAGUUCGGCAUCCUCUCCAAAACUGGCUAGCCAGAUACCCCUGGGAACCCCAGAAGCAUGGCCGUGAAGAGUACUAAAUCAGUUUUAAUUGGGCAACCUGAAUUUGUUGGUAUGUGAUUUAAUCCCACUCAAAAAUAGCAACAGUUUGGGAGUGCUCUGAGGUAGGCUAGUUGCCAUUUGGUGAUCAGACACCUACUGAUGGCCUAGUCACCAUCCUGCCUCCACCCGUUCAUCCUUCCUCCAACACCAUCUCAUGGCACAGCCCCCACCAUGCAGCAGUUAAUGCCCCCUACCUCCCAUUCAAUCCAUCAAUCAAUCCAAGCUAUCAAUAAAAUGAAAUUCACCACUUGCACAACUAAACAUUGAGUCUUUUGGGAUAUUUGUUUUGGUUUUGCCCCUUUUCCAAAAUAGCAGAUGGCAGCGAUCAGCUGACGCAUUUGUCCAUUUCUAGUCUUUCUUUUGUCAGCUUUGCACACGUUCAGUCAUAAGUCUGUUCCAUCCUGUUUUCUUUUUUUGAAACCACACACACACACACACACCCUUCAUUUAUAUGUGUUCCUUCUAACGUGUAUUUUUGUAUACCUUUUAUUUGAGCUGAGAACUAUGUCACAAAAUUUGGAGAAGGUAUCAGCAUUCCAAUCUGCAUAUUCAGCAGGGAAGUAUGAAUUGGGUUGAUUUGCUCAAACUUGCAGACCAAACAAAAUUCUCCUCCAUGCCUAAUGGUUGGUGACACACGAAAUUGUGAGUCGCCCCUGGUGGUAACACAACUUCCACCUGUAGCAAAAACAACAACCGCAGCAGCAGGAAUUUUGAACCAAACCCCUCCAUAUUCUGUGAUCUGAAUGGACAGUGUACAUUGCCAAAAAAAAAAAAAAGUUCUGAUAAUCCACUUUGCAAAAAACAAGCAUACCAUUUCUGCACUAAGCAUAGACUAUUUAUCAUUUUAGAAGCUGGCUCUCUUUUUGUGUAAAAAUUAUAUUUUUUAAAAAACAAGCCCCACCUUUUAAACAUUUGGCUCUUUCAAAAAUUGGUACGUAGUACUUUGAAGCAAUGGUGAAUAUGGCUCUCAUUUGAUUUGCAACUCAUCUUCAGGUGCUCUAUUCUGAAUUCUUUAAUCCAGAGUGUUGGUUCUUAUUGUUAGGGCUGCAAUGUUUAAUUGAUUAAUCAGUUAGAUUAAUCAACUAAAACCCUUUGUGAAUAAACUUUUAAGCAACUAAAAAGGUGCUACAACUUAAUUGUUCAGCAAUUUCUUAAAAGGAAACUAUUAUUUUGAAUACAUCAAGAACUUCAGAAGAGCCCUGCUGGAUCAGGCCAAAGGGGGCCCAUCUAGUCCAGUAUCCUGUUCUCACAGUGACCAGCCAGAUGCCCCAAUGCAAGCAGGACCUGAGCGCAACAGUACUGUCCCCACCUCAGGAACUGGUAUUCAGGACCUAGCCGUCGUGGCUAAUAGCCAAUGAUAGUCUUAAUCCUCCAUGAAGUUGUACAAUCCUCUUUUAAGGCCAUCCAAGUUGGUGGCCAUUACUACCUCUCGUGGGAGCAAAUUCUAUAGUUUAUACACUGUAUGAAGUUCUGCCUUUUGUCUGUCCUGAAGAUUCCAACAUUCAGUUUUAUUGAAUGACUCUACUCAGCUCAAGUAUUGAGAGAGGGAGAAAAAUGUUUCCCUGUCCACUUUCUUCCCUACAUGCAUAAUUUUAGAAGCCUCUCUUGUGGGGUGCGUCAACCGAGUGCAUGUGGGUGCUAUGGCUCCCGUGAAGGCCUUUAUUGGCACCCCAAGCAGGGGCACCAGACUCUGAGGUUGUUUUUUUUUUAAAAUAAGUUAGCCCUCCUAGAAAGAGUGUAAUGAAGCGAAAUAUGCAGGUAUCCUAAGCGGUUUCUUUAAAAUGAAGCAGCCUGGCUGCUCCAGCCUGUUAGGAUUUUUGGCAAUGAAUGAGUAAAGUGGGUACAGUAUAGCAGCCGAGUCUUUGGUUCGGGACAGGCAUGGGGGGGGGAACAGGGUGCUUGUGCCUUUAACAGCUGUAUCUCCACCAACAGGACCAGCAGGAAAUAGCUGGCUUCCCAUGGUAAACAUGAGGUUGCAUGGGAGGUGUGAAGCAGCAACGAUUGUACUCUCUAAUUUUGUGUUAUGACAGCCAUUUUAUGACUUGUACCCUCAGCACUCUAUCAAAAUUCUCAACUUGCCAAAAAGGUUGCCAGCCCCUGUUUUGUCAUGACCUGAUUUAAAUCUGACCCCCAUGCUCCUAUUCUUCCCAAGAGGGAAAUGCCCAUUAGAACGUAGGGAUAUAGGAAUCUGCCUUCCACUGAGACAGACCAGUGGCCCAUCUUGUUCAGUAUUGUGUAAAGUACACUAACUCUCCCAGCCUUACCUGGAGAUGCCAGGGAUUGAACCCUGGGAUGGAACCAGGAACUCUGCCACUGAGCUAUGGCCAUUUCCCAAGGGCUUGGCAAUGGUGCGUAUGUUGGUGCUGAAGUAUGUACAAGCACUAAGCAUGUUCAAAUCUCCACUCCAUGUGUUAGCCUGCACUGAAAGCCUUGGGCAGGCCAGCGCCAGAGGGUGGCUAGGUCGGGCCUGAAGGGUCCCUCCUUAAGGUGGGAAGAUAGCACUCCCUUUCCACAAUCCACGGCAAUGUCGGCUCCCAACCCUGCCGCACAUCACGUAGAGAGAGCUCCCAGCCUCCCCCCCAUAUAGUCUGUGCGGGCUUUAAUUAGCCUGCACACACCCCACCUACCUCUCCUGUUCCUGUGAAUGACAUGUGCUGCGCAUGCACGCCUGCCAUCAACCAAGAUGGCAACGGGGGCUUCCCUAAGGGGCUAAUGCCCCUGCCACCAUCUUGGUUGAUGGCGGGCAUGCGCCCGCAGCACACACAUUAUUCACAGGGACAGGAGAGGUAGGUGGGAUGCACGGGUGGGCUUAUUAGUUCCAUGCUGCCUGUAUGGAUGAGUUGGACUACAGCGCUGUGGGCCCAGGGCAGGCUGGUGCUCAAGGACCCAGUCAUGCCUGGCACCAGCCCUGGCCUUGGGGAGAGGGUGUCAAGGCCCUCAUAUCUACUUUUUAGCCCCCUGCAUUCCAUGAACCACAAGGUGGUUAAAUGGUAACAAAUCAAUGUUAUAAAUGAUCUUGAGGAAAGUAACUCCUGGGCCAGUCAGUACUGAUCUCUCUGCGUUCAGCCAGCUUAGUAAAGGGUAGGGAUCAGAGCU